AUGGUGCAGGUAAAAGUGGAACAAGGGUUGCUGGAAGGUGAAGAACUGGAAGCUGUCACAGGUGACAAACGUUACUUCAGCUUUAAAGGAAUUCCUUACGCUGCACCACCGCUGGGAAAACUAAGAUUUCAGGCUCCUCAACCUCCAGAACCAUGGAAGGGAGUAAGAAAGGCCACGGAACACGGACCUGUUUGUAUACAACAAGACAUAUUCACUAAUCAAUUUAUUCCUGGUUCAGAAGAUUGUCUUUAUUUAAAUGUUUAUUCACCAAACCUGAAGCCCCAGCAACCACUGCCAGUAAUGUUCUUCAUCCACGGAGGCGGAUAUAAAAGCGGCUCAGGAAAUGUUGAUCAUUAUGGACCAGAUUUUCUCGUUUCCCAAGACGUUGUCGUUGUAACGAUAAACUACAGGCUCGAAGUACUAGGAUUUCUUUGUUUAGAUACAAAGGAGGUCCCAGGUAAUGCAGGAAUGAAGGAUCAAGUGGCUGCACUCAAAUGGGUGAAACGUAACAUUUCUAUCUUUGGAGGUGAUCCAAACAACGUGACUGUUUUCGGUGAAAGUGCAGGAGGUGCGUCCACAGCAUUACAUGUUUUAUCACCUAUGUCAAAAGGCCUUUUUAAAAGGGCUAUUCCAAUGAGUGGUGUACCAUUUUGCGAUUGGUCAAUCGCUUUUGAACCAAAAAGAAAAGCAUUUGUUCUUGGAAAGCAAUUAGGAAUAGACACUACUGAUACCGAAAAGCUGGUCGAAUUUUUACAAAAUAUUCCAAUAGAAAGACUGGUUAAUGUAAAUCCUUCUGUGGUGUCAUCUGAAGAAUUGUCGACUGGUAAUCUACUAAAACUAUAUCAUUUCACGCCAGUCGUGGAGAAAGAUUUUGGUCUCGACCAUUUUCUAACAGAAGAUCCUGAGGAAGCGAUGAAAAAUGGCAGCGUUAACGAUGUAGACAUUAUGAUAGGAUAUACAAGCCAGGAAGCUGCAGUUGGUUUGCAAGCUUUUGAAAAUAAUUUAAUAAAAACCUAUAAUAGAUUCAGCGAAAUGCUCGUGCCGAAGAAGAUUUUGCUGAAAUGCCCCACGAGCACUAUUUUAGAGAUAUCAGAUAGAAUCCAUAAAUAUUACUUUGGAGAUAAACCAAUAAGCGUUGACUGUAUGAAAGAGUUUGUCCAAUACGCAUCUCAUUGUUGCUUCCUACCCGAUGUACAUAAAUACGUAAAUCUUCUCCCAAAAAAAGGUAUGAAGAUAUACAUGUACAAAUUCUCAUGCGUCUCUGAGAGGAAUAUUUAUGGCAAUCAAGGUUCCAAAUAUGGUAUAACUGGCGCGGCACAUCUAGACGAUUUGAUGCAUUUGUUUGAUGCAAAAAUGUUCAAUUUAAAGGUGGACAAAAGUAGUUCGACUUAUAAGAUGAUUCAACAGACGUGUGCCUUGUUUACAAACUUUGCGAAAUUUGGUAACCCAACUCCUGAUUCCUCGCUUGGCGCAAUAUGGCCCGAAUACGACGGAGCUACAGGGGCAUAUCUGGAUAUAGGCGAGAAGUUGGUUCCCGGAAAAGCGCUAGAUGCGGAAUAUUUGAAAUUUUGGAACAGUAUAUAUGAGUCUGCUGGAUUAGCUUAA